CGGCCAUUUACAUGUCAAAACUGGAACUCACACCCUCUGCCAGAACACAGCUUAUCAUGCUGAGACACCUCCUUGCUCUGUGCCUUCUAGCUGGGGGACAGUAGCGUCCUCAACAAUUCAACACAUUUAAAAUGCAGUUGCCUUUGUAUAAACCUCAUUGGGAUAUGUUUGGAAGCAGUCAGAAGGAUUUUCAUAAGUCAAAUAUCCAAGGGAGGAUGACUGAAACAAUAGACUCGUCCCAAUUUUCUUCGCUGUCAUCUUUAAGGGGAGAACAUGUAUCAGGGGAUUUUGUUCAUGCCCACUACAAGGAGGCGUAUCGUCUAGCCAUUGAUUGUCUGCUGAGCGGGGGCAGAGACAGUUACGCAGAUUUCAUCAAAGAAGAACACAUUGGAAGUUUCCUGUCCGAGGAGGAGCUUCUCUUCAUCACGUCAAAUGCAAAAGAGUUACCACCCCAGACCCAGGCAGAGGAAAUCAAUACUCCUUCUGACAGCCAAUCAUCCUCCGGGACGUAUUGGCCUGUCCUCUCAGAUUUGGACGCUCCCACUUUGGAAUUGGGAUGGCCUGAAGUCAUGCAUGAACAUCUCCAGACCAAUAUAGAUCUUCUCUAUCAUCCCCCACGACAAAACAGCCCAACCAUUAAAGACGUGAUUGUGAAACACAUCCGGGAUGCGAGACAGGUCAUUGCCAUAGUGAUGGAUAUGUUCACAGAUGUCGAUAUAUUGAAAGAAACUGCUGACGCUUCCAUUCGCGGAGUUCCUGUAUAUGUACUUUUGGAUGAUUACCACUUGAAAGAUUUUCUCACAGCAGCUAUGAAUCAAGAUGUAAAUCUACAGCAACUCCGUAACAUGAGGGUUCGCACUGUGAAAGGUGAAGAUUAUCUGUGUCGUUCUGGGACUAAAUUUCAUGGAGCAAUGGAGCAGAAAUUUAUCUUGGUCGACUGCCACACAGUGAUUUAUGGCUCCUACAGAUUUACAUGGUCAUGUACAAAGAUCAAUUUGAGCAUGGUGCAGGUUAUCACCGGCCAUUUGGUGAGGACUUACGAUGAGGAGUUCCGAACACUGUACGCCAGGUCGACUGUGCCAGCCGAGUUGAGCCAACCAGAUAAUCCUCUCCCCUCUAAUGGGCCACACAAAUUGCUGGGCUGGCCAAAAUAUUCGCUUCAUUCCACGCAAACGAUUGAUCGUCGUGAUCAGUUGAGGCACACGUUGGACUCGGUCUACAGGAAGACUUGUGAGAGGAAUCUAUAUGCCAGAGAUUACAAUGAUAAUCAUUUUGUGCCUUUGAGUGAGCAUGAGAUUGGUUUGCAGAACCACAUGUCCAAAUUUCAGUCGUCAGAGUCGACUAACUACUUAAAAAGGCACAGCUAUGCUGGGGAAAGACAUGAUGAAAAUAUUCCACAAAAUGUCAGAGCCAGAGCAAGCAACUGGAAUAUUUGCCGGGAAACAGGACUUGGGAAAAACAACUAUCCAAUGGAUAAUAAUUACUUAGUGCCACAGAUCUACAGAAGUCAAAAGCUUCGUCAAACAUAUAAUGGCAAUGACAAACAAAUUCUGUCCAUGCAGCAAAACAUGCCAACGCUGGAAAAAACAUCCAAGUCCUUCAUGCGUACAUGGAGGAUCGAGUCGUACCUCCAAAACCCUGACAUGCCGUCUAACGACCCGUCUGACUAUUUGGACCAGUUUGAGCCACCUAACAGCUUCAUGCCGGGAAGAAUGAGGUCUUCUCUUGUUUUUAGGCCGACCGUACCGCCCACCAACACGCCCUCAGUUGGCAGCCGCUCAUCAGCACUUCAUAACCCAAUGCGCUACUCCUCAAUGCAAUGGAAUCCAACGUUAGCGCAAGAGAGCAACAGGCUACAAAUGGAAGAAUUUAUGUUAAAGAGAAAAAGCCUGCAGAUUUUGGAGGAUUACAACACUUCAAAAAACUCAUUACCAUCUUCAUAUUCCAGUUUGGGGAGAGUCAAACGUGGGCAGGUGAUUACAAAUCCAGACAUGCAAACUGACAACUGGCACAAAAGGCACAGCGUAGCAGAUCCAAGAUCCAACACUGUAAACACACAGGAUUCCUCAGGUGCUAUGUACGGAGCUUUUGCUAGGAUGCAAAUAGAUAGAGGCUCUGCCGCAAUCAGCAUGAAGAAUAGUGGCUAUGGUUCCAAUCUUAAUGAGGAUAAGCGAUCUGUGUCUCAAUAUGAUGUCAAGAGCAUGACAGAUACAAAGAGCCCCCGCACUUCCAGUUGGCGGGAGCCUCCGUCCAGAACUCUGUCUGCUGCAAGCCUGAGUGUAGACGCUCCCGAUUUGACGGCUAAAUCCAGCAGAACAGGCUCUCAGCAUUUUCUAAAGAAAAGUACCAAGAGGAUAAAGUCAUUUUUGAACAUACCAGACAAGAAAGAGAAUCGAGUCAGAAGAGAAGAAACACCAAGUGUGACGUCAGAGGACAGCACCGACACUAUCACAGCUGAGGAUGAGAGUGGGGCAGAACAUCAAAAUAGCAACUCAUCCGUCGGGCAUCAGCAGGGCCACGCGGCCGGAGAAAAGUACUCCGAACCAAGAUUCAAGACUGAGGAGCACCGGGACACACCGCCACAUUCUUCCUCUGAAACAACAUCGCAACGUAAGCUCGACGUCGAUGACAAAAAGCCGAGGCCUGACGUUGACGUACUGGGCUGGAGUAAAGACAGAAAAGCUGACAAUCGUCUUUACAGUAGAUUUGAGCCGUUUUGUUCAAUACAAAAGAAACACUCUUCGUACUCUCUGGAGAAAACAAAAAACUCACCUACUGACCACAGCAGAAUGGGAAGAGGCCUUCAUGAAAACAAGUUUGAGAAAUUCUUUCAUAGAGUGGGAAACCUAAUUCAUAAGUCUAAAUAGUGUAGUUCCGCACAUUUCUUAUUGUUUAUGGCACAUUUGAACUGGUAUCAAUUUCACGAUGGUUAAAGUGCUUAGCAGAUGCACCUCAAAUCUGGGUUCUAAUGGGGUUUGCAUGUGUGGGUGGUUACCAAAUAAUCCGCUUUCCUCCCAUAUUCUUGAAAAGGCAUAAUCAAAGGUCCAUAAUUUUUCUGUAAGUGUGGAUAUGAGUGUGAACGUUAUUUUUCCUUUGCCGCAAUGGACCUAUCGCAAAGCCCCACCCCUUGUAAAACUCGGUCAACCCAAGGCUCUGUCAAAUUCUCUCAGUGACAGUGAUUAAGUAAACAAAUGAUUUAGGAAUGCAGUGGAGCGAUAUGUCCAUGGUAUUAAACUUUACAGAGAGCAGACCUUUAACUAUAAUCGAGACAAAAUGCUACCACUCGCAACUUAAAAAUGAGAUCCACACAGCCUCAGUGUUUUUCAACCGGUGUGCCGCGGCACACUAGUGUGCCGUGAGAGAUCGUCAGGUAUGCCGCGAGAAAUGAUCCGUUAUCGCAUUUUUAUUUUAUUUUUUUUAACGUCAUUGGGUAGAGUUACAGUAGGAAGGAAGGAGGAGGUUGAAAGUUGCGGUUGUGUGCAGAUAGCGAGAAAUUGCAUUUGUAGCGUUCAAUAACUGCUCGGAUUUCUAGCCAUCAGCUACCUUGCUGUCUGGUGUGGACCCCAGCAUGUCUACUGUGCACCAUUUGAUUAGACUCGUCAAGAGUCAGUAUUCACAAAAGUGUCCUUUUCAUUUUAUCCAAAUGUGAUGACAGUCAAUCCUCCCCUUGUGUUUUAUUCCCACACAUUGUCAAGGGCAGCAAGGUGGCUGACGGCUAGAAAUCAGAGCAGUUCUUGAACGCGACACGAGCAGCUAAACGUCAUCCCCAAAUGAAACACCCGUCGCUUCAAAUAAGUCGGACUAUUUGACUAUUUUGUUUGCCUUUGUGAAAAGUUACCUUGUUGCUAAACUUGUUGCUGAAUCCAAAGUCCAACACUGUGGCAGAGACCUUAAUACUACCUGCCUGCAAAGCUACUGUCAGCAAGCAGCUCUUGCCCUCCUGAUGCGGUUAAAGACAUUGCUAAAGUCCCCAUGUAUGAUAUUUCUGAGCUUUUCAACCCUAACUGCUAUAAAAAAUAAAAACAGAGACUGAGAGGUGUUGAUGAACAUUCCUGCCUGGAUAUCAGCUUUGGGUUCAUCUGAACAGCUCAAGUUUCACACUGAGUAUGUAUAAAUAUUGAGGAACUAUUAUAUACAUAAAUAUACUGUACAUACCCUGUAAAGUAAUUUUGGAACGCUUUUGGUUUGUGGUGUGCCGCCAGAUUUUUUCCGAUGUAAAAAUGUGCCUUGACUCAGAAAAGGUUGAAAAACACUGAUCUAGCUAUAACAUUAUCUACUUAGUAACGUUAUGUCAUGUGUCCUGUCAGAUUUUUCUCGCGAAGCUUUUGUGGUGAUGAAUAAGCAGUCUUUUACAUUCAGUUGGAUUCUCAAUAUUAUCCCAAGGUGCUAAAUAAAGAACUUACAUCAUAAACAUACAUGUGCAACAUGAAUACGACGUAGGUAAAUGCUCAAUGUUGAGAGAGCGGUGUGCAUUCAAGUGAUGCAGAAGUUUCCUUCGUGUGCAUCCGUGAGGAAAUGUAAGUACAUCUUCCUUUUUUAUUGAAAGUUUGUGGUGUUUACUUUCGACUUUCAGUGCUAGGGUCUUGUCAGUUUAGAUUAGCUAUAUUUUAUUCUAUUUGUGUAGUGACAGGCUAGUAAACAAGUAGGCAGUCAAUGUUAGUAAACUAAUGUUAAUAGGUAAGUCUACGUUUUUACUACAUCCUGUAUACAAUUUUUAAUAAUAAUAAGUAAUAAUACUUUUUUUUUUUUCUUCAACAAAUCAAUCAUUAACUUACCUUUGAGCAAGCAUAGGUGUCCUUGGGUGACUGUCCUGACAUUCAGUUGUUUAUGUGGUUGACUACAAGGCCUUAUCCAUAUCAUGCAUUUGGAGAGCCUUCUUUUAAGCUUUGAUUGGGUGACCAAACGCCCUCUUUUGCCCGGACGAGUCCUCGUUUCACAUCCUCUCCGUAGCGUCCGGCCGGGUUUUAUAAAUUCAUUAAAAUGUUCGGUUUUCAUGAUUUUUCACGGGACCAAUUUGAAGAGAAUCCCUCCGGCCGCUGGAGGGGCAACGCCUGUCUGCGUUGAUGUGGCUCCUACUAGUAGGGAGGGAAGGUUCUUUUUGUUUUUGUUGGCAGUUUACCCCUUGUAUCCUGGCGCAUUACCGCCAUCUACUGGGUUGACGGUUUGGCAAGAGAUCAGGCAGUUAGUUGCCUGUGACCUGUUCCCAGAGUGCCUGCCCAGUUAUUAAUUUUUUUACGAUUAAUACGGAGCUUUGGAGUUUUGUCGGAGCUUUGUACUGGCGCUAUUUGUAAAAUCCCAUUUGGUGUAGCAUCGUUGUGCUUCCGAUGAUUGUAAACUUUUAUAGCAAAGUUUGAUUUUGCCGCGGCACUUACUAAUUGGGUAGCCAUCAGUGAGCUAAGCCGCACUAGGCAUUAUAAGAAAUGUAGUUAUGAACUGCUGCGUUUGGAAACAUGCUGGUUAAUUAGUUUGUCAGUUUAUUUCGGUUAUUGUUUGCGUGCACUCUAGAACAUUGAAUGAAAUUAACAAUUGAGUGGGAAUAACAAUUUGUCAGUGACAAUUGUCGUGAUAAUAAUUUAUAAAAAUGUUUAGUUGGCACAGAGCCCACUGUGUGUGUGUAUUGACUGGACUACAUUUCCAUGGGUCUGCAUUGUAUCAUUAUUAUUUUUCAAUCAUUAUUAUUAUUUUUAUAAAGCAGAAUUUUUCUACCCAGACGGAGGAGGCACACUUUAAAUAUAUUAAAGUGAUAUAGGUCUCUUUGAGUGAACUUCGAGUAAAAUUCAAGUAUCUUGAGGACGGGCCGAGUGUCCUCUUUCUUGGAAAUCAAAAUAUGGUCACCCUAAGCUAUGAAAAAGACACAAAAAAAUUCCUCCCCCCUAAUCUUUCAGGGUCGAAAUUACAGGUACCCCUUGCACAGCAUUAAACCAUCAGGUUUUUGCUGUUUUAAGGUUAGAAAAAAGAUGUUUUAAGUCACGACCACAUAGUAUUCCUAUGCAACAAUACGGCUUGAUGACCGACUUUUGUGAUUGAAGGGCGUGGUUUUGCGAUUGGUCCAUUGGUUGGUGACCAUAUCAAUCUGAUGUCAAUUGAGAUUGGCUUCAGUUAACCUGUAACUGUAAUGAGGCUCAGGGGAAUCAAAAACGGAUGGAUGAAUUGGCAUUUUAUCGCCAGACAGACUGAUCAACGCUCACAAUUACUGUGUACAUGAUGCAAAAGUGUUCACAUUCAAGUAAUUGCAUCAAAAUGUGCACAUCACACAGACACAGCAGUUUCACCCUCGCUAUAACAACGUCACCUUUUUUUUUUUUUUUUUUUUAAAUUAAGGUCUUUACUUUGUUUACAUUGCCCACACAA